AUGUCUUCCACCAUCACACACCAUCUUCACACUGCACAGACCAGACCGGAUCUCUGGGAUCAUCUCCUAGACCCCAACCAUCCACUGAACACAGCAUGGCCCUACUUUCUUGAACAGGACACAACGCUGCUGAGUCUUUCUCAAAAGAUUUGUGACUUUCCUGGACUACGGAAGUUCCAAUAUCUCAUCUCGGAGCGCAACGAUGAAGGAAACGAGGAACUUGUAGCUUGUGGGCGUUCUAUCCCCUUUUUCUGGCAAGAGUUGCGUGAUGCCGAGAAGGGCGGGCGUCUUGAUUUGAAUCCGCACCUCUUCCAGAGCCUACCCGAUGGUGGAUGGGAUACUAUGGUCGCCCGUGGGAUACGGCAAUACAUGGCUUCUCAUCCUGAGGAGGCGCCCUCCUGGCCGUGGUCAUCAGCCCCUAUCACAACCGAUGACCAAGAAAGAGACACAGCUCGAGCAUCUAGCCCGGAACUGCCUAAUGCUCUUUCUGCCCUUGCAGUCACUGUUCGCGCAGACCGUCGACGAACGGGCCUUGCCGAGCGUAUCCUUCAGAAGAUGAAAGACACAGCUCGACAAGAGGGGUUGAAGAUUCUCGUUGUACCCCUGAGACCAACCAAGAAGUCUUCCCAUCCUUUCGUCCCUAUGGAGGAGUACAUCACUUGGACCCAAGCACAAGCACCCCUGAAGCCAACCAUUUGCCGGACUCCCAGCCCGUUUAGGCUUACACCACAAGCUACAGUGCAGCCAAUCACCAUUGCCAGCAAGGAUCAUGCACUCAAGUCUUCGCUGCCAUUCGACCCGUGGUUGCGCAAGCAUGUUCGGAUAGGGGCCAAGAUAGCCAAGAUUGCUCACAAGAGCAUGGAAGUCGAAGCCAGUUUGGAUGAUUGGACUGCAUGGACGGGGAUUGACUUUGACUCAUUCCCAAAUGCUCCGAAAGUGAGGGAGAUAAACAGGACAUCGAAGGUCGUGGAGUACACCCAAGUGGCAUUGCAAGGAGGGCUUGUUCCCUUGAAAGUGUACAAGGAGGAGAAGAGAGCAGUCUACGUCGAGCCAAAUGUGUGGAUUUACCACCAGCUAGACUAG